AUGUCUGGUCCGUUCGAUAUCGACACGUCGGCGCCAAGCGCUGAGUUGCUGGCGGUAGCCAAGGAGGAGCUCCGUGAGACGCCGGAGGUACGCGCUGCGGCCAUCGAGGAGCUGCGCAAGCUGCUGAAAGCUAGCGAUCUGAGCUUCCCGGACGACGAUGACUUCCUGCUGAUCUACCUCCGUCCGACCAAGUUUUACCCCGAGAGCGCUCUCAAGCUGAUGCGCAAUGUGGCCGAGUUCAACAAGAACUACAAGGAGCUGCUGCACAACCUGAUGCCGAGCGACGUGAAGGAUGUGUUCGUGGAUCACGGGCUGAUCAACAUCUUCACCAACCGUGACCAGAAGGGCCGUCGCUUGAUGGUGGUGCAUAUGGGUGAGGCGUGGAACACGAAGGUCGUUACCGAGGACCAGAUCUUCCGGGCGCUCUACACCAUCCAGAAGCUGGCCGUGCUCGAAGCAGCCACGCAGAUCAACGGCGCGGUUGUGAUCUACGACUUCAAGGGUAUGGGCAUGGGUCACGUGAAGGCGAUGUCGACGAGUGGUGCCAAGCGACUGCUCACCUUCAUCCAGGAGGCUUGCCCGUUGCGCAUGAAGGCGGUGCACUUCGUCAACGAGCCGAUGAUCUUCAACAUGGUGUGGUCGCUGUUCAAGCCCUUCGUCAAGGAGAAGCUCAACAAGCGUAUGUUCUUCCACGGAGAAAAGAUGGCCAAGCUGCACGAGCACGUCCACAAGGACUUCCUUCCGGCGAACUACGGAGGAUCCCUGCCGGCGCUCAACUACGGUGGCAAGGACUGGUACCCGGCGGCGGAAAAGCACAUCGAGUUCAUCAAGAAAUGGAACACGUGUGGAUUCAAAUAA